AUGGCGUCCCCUAGGAGAAAGGUCCUCUUUCUGACCAACAGCGACUAUGGCCAGGCCAACGUCGUUCUGGCCACGGCACAUGCCAUGAUGCACAUCGCUCCAGACACAGAAAUUCACAUUGCAUCGUUUGCCGGGCUGGAAAUUGGCGUUCGCCAUACAUCCGAGUUCGCAUUGCGCACCGCCCGUACCGCAAGCCCGCUAAUCUUCCAUUUGAUCAACGGCAUCAGCAAUUGGAGCGCCCAAGAACGACCUGAGGUCGGUGUCAUGGAGUCAUUUGCCCGAGGCCCAGGGUUCAUCAACUCGUCGAAGGGCAUACUGAUGAUUCCGGCAAUUAUGCAGCCGUGGACGCCGGAGGAGUUUGUCGGCCUGUAUCAUGAAGCGAAGCGUGUCUACGACGAAGUACAGCCGGAUAUCACUGUAGUCGAGCCCCUUUUUACUCCUGGGAUGACAUUGUGUCAUUACAUUGACACAAAUUGGAUCGUCUUGGCACCGAAUACCAUCAAAGACUUUGCUGUACCACUUCAGCCGUGGCUGGCCAUGAUGUGGAAAUACCCGCUUAUCUUUUCGGCCUUCCCAUUCCCCUUACCAUGGCAUCUCAUCCCAAGCAACAUCGUCUUCAACUUGGUCGCAGGCUAUGCGCUUGUCACCGACACAAGGAUAAAGAACACAGUAUCCUACAUGCGACAGCACAUCGCGCCUUCGAUCAACCUCAUGACCGCGAAUGAGCUAGGUGUUCUGAAAGCGCCACCCCCAGGGCUCCGUAUUCUUGUUUCCAAUGCACGAGACCUCGACUAUCCGUUCGACGUACUCCCGGAGCACGUCAUCCCUUGCGGUCCAAUAGUACGCGCAGCUCCAGCCGUUGCCGACGUCGAUAGUGAGCUUGCAGCAUGGCUUGCGCGAGGUCCCACGGUCUACGUCAACCUUGGAACGCAUUUGCAGAUGGAUGUAAACCAGGCAUUGGAGAUGGCCUUGGCUUUCCGCGAUCUCCUGGACAAGGCACAAGACGUGGACUACGGAGGUAAGGGAGGUGCGAAAUUGCAGAUUCUCUGGAAGCUACGCCGCAAGACUCCCCAUGGCGAGCAUGCAUCGGACCCCAAUGAUUACUCGGGCCUAUGGAAGCUGGUGCAGGAUGCACUGCGCUCAGAAUUUGAGUCAGAUCGCGUGAGGAUAACGAGCUGGAUAACGGCGGAACCGAAAUCAAUCCUUGAAUCAGGGCGUGUCAUUUGUUCCGUGAAUCAUGGCGGAGCUAGCUCAUUCAAUGAGUCGAUAUGUGCUGGUAUCCCUCAGGUGUUGUUACCCGCGUGGUCCGACUGCUUCGACUAUGGCAACCGCGUCGAGCUUCUCAAGGUCGGUCGGUGGGCCAACAAGGUAGCCAAGCCUUCAUGGAAGCGAAAUGAGCUAGCAAGUGCUUUAGAAGAGGUGAUUCUUAGUGAUAAGACGGCAGCUAUCCUGGAGCAAGUGAAGAGACUGUCAAAAAAUUAUCCCGAAGGUGCUGGUCGCAAUUAUGCGGCAAAGGAGAUCCUCUCCGCCAUCCAGUCGUAA